GAUAGUAGACAUAAUGACAGUGGUAGUGACUCUUCUAAAAUUUCGAAUAGGGGUGUAAGUAGGAGUAGUAAUAACUAAUAUAGUUGUACUUGCUGCUGGCACUUCUCCUAGGUAGAGGAUUGUCUUUAAAAAUAAUCGGGUUUCAGCAGCUGAAGUGAGUACUUUAAUCUCUACAGUUGAUAGGUUGUUCCCUAUCCUAGCACAGUUUCUUUUCGUUAGCGAUAUUUUUUUUUAUUCAUCUCUGUAAAAAAAGGGGUUUAUUUAUUUUUUUUUCGUUAAGAACAUUCAAAUGGCAACGAAGUAACAUCACGUUUAAAGAAAAGUAACCAGAAAUAACCACAGGAAAAACCGAUCAGUCAAUAUAUUGUCUGCCACAGCGUAAUCAUUCCAGUAUCUUUCUUUGAUUCUUGAAGAGUUAAAUGGUCCAAUCAUAAUUUCAGAGAUUGACUCUUUGGGAAAACACGUCAGCACAUUUCUAAAAAUUUUUAACAAUCACGUUUGAUAUAGGUGUUGCUUUUAAAGAAAAAAGAAAACACGAAAAAAAAAAAAAAAAAAAGGAAAAGUUACAGAUUGACCUUGUAAAAAGCAAACAUUAAAUUUAUCAUCAUAUAACUAUUCAAAUUAGUCUUGAAUCACGCAUAUUUUGAUUGACAUUAUACAUUUUUAUCUGUGCUCAUAUUAUUUUGGGACAACUUCGUGAAACUAUUCCAAAGGAUUAAUUCCUGUGUGAUUAAAAUAUUUGUGCCACUGCUGAAAGCCUUUUUGGAAAUGUCAUCUAAACAAGAAACAAAAAUACCCUUGAGUUAUUCAGAAUAUUUAAAGCUCAACAAACUCCUGAAAUGUCAGACUCCAGUCAGCGUUGAAGCGGGUGAACCGGUUCAUGAUGAACAUUUAUUUAUCAUUACUCAUCAAGCUUAUGAACUAUGGUUCAAGCAAAUUUUAUAUGAAAUCGAUUCAGUUAGGGAUCUUUUUUCACUCAGUUAUAUGGAUGAAAGCAAAACUCUACAAAUUAUAUGUCGCCUGAAUAGAGUUGUACUGAUUCUAAAGCUCCUUGUGGACCAGUUCACAAUACUUGAAACCAUGACUCCGCUAGAUUUUAUCGAUUUUCGACACAAAGCUUCAGAUACUUCAGAAGAUGGUUACCUCUCUUCGGCUUCGGGCUUCCAGAGUUUGCAAUUUCGAUUGUUAGAAAACAAAUUUGGAGUAAAAGAGAGCAACCGUGUUAAGUAUAACCAGCAACAUUAUCUAAAUGUAUUUAAUGACGAAGAAUCCGUAAAAAUGCUUCAAGAUUCCUUGAAUAGUCCUUCCCUCUUCAAAUUGGUUGAGAGGUGGUUAGAAAGAACACCAGGUUUAGAAAAGGAAGGUUUUAAUUUCUGGAAAAAAUAUGAAGAGGCUGUAGAAACAUGGUUGGACGCAUCACUUCGGAAGCCAGCAUUGAAGGAGAAUGAUCCCAAAAAACAUGAGGUGAUGAUGGCGGAAUAUUUAAAGCAGAAGGAAAAUUUCGAUUCAAUAUUUUCUGAUGAAAUUCAUGCAAAAUAUCUUGAAAGAGGAGAACGUAAUCUUAGCCAUAAAGGUCUUCAAGGAGCUUUGAUGAUUUCACUGUAUCGAGAUGAACCACGUUUUAGUCAACCAUUUCAGAUUAUCAGCAAUAUUAUUGAUAUUGAUUCGCAGUUAACCAAAUGGCGCUAUAACCAUGUAACUACUGUACAGAGAAUGAUUGGGAAUAAAAUCGGAACAGGGGGUUCUUCUGGUUACCAGUAUCUUCGUUCAACUGUCAGUGACCGAUAUAAAGUAUUCUUGGAUCUCUUCAAUCUUUCAUCAUACUUGCUCCCUCGGGAAUAUAUUCCAAUGUUGGAUAACCAGAUGAAACGUCGUCUUAACAUUGCUGCCUACGAUGACAGCAAUGAUGAACAAGACGAAAAAAUAAAACGAAUUAUAACAAACGAUGCCAAUUAAAUAUAGAAUGAGCAAUAAAACCUGUUAUGAAAUGAUUAUGGAGAAAAAUACAUUUACACAAAUAGCUAACAGGGUGCUAUCUAAUAUUUCGAUAAAUUUUCUUAUUUUUCUCCAUUAAAAUUGAUUAAAGUGUUUGAUUCAAAUUUUUUCCCAUUGAA